GAGCGUUAAUGCUGCGAAAAUGUUCAACAGUUUGUUCUCCGAUCGUUAUAAUAAGAAACGCAGCAUGUUCUACGAACAAUACAAGGCCACACGUCGACGUUAUCCCAACUUGCCUAUAUACAAACGUGCCAAGGAGCCAAUGCAAUUGCCUAGCAAAUUUGUAAAGCGCACACAGCGCAAAUUUAAGCAGCAUGACUUUGACUAUGAGGACUGGAUUACGAGCAAUUUCGUAUCGAUUGUGGUGCGACGCAACCUUGAGCAGCGCAGCGCACAGAAAUUAAUGCCACGCAUCUCAGCGGAUUGCCAAGAGAACUGCAGUUGGCGUUGUUGGCCGCAGGACGACGACGAGCAGCAGCUUGAGGAUUUGGAGCCAAGACGCUCGCAGCGUUUGAAUUUAAAAUUUAAGGAAAUCUACGAGCCAUGGCAAUUGCACACAAAUGAUGCAAUCAAUUGGCAACAGCCGCUGACAACAACAAAUGCAAAGGCCACGUCUUGGCCCACGCUAGUGCCCGAAAUUAGAUGCGAGACGCCAACAGGCGAGCAGCUGGAGCAGCUGCAGCAAUUGAAUUUUAUCAAUGAGUAUGCCAGCCGUCACGAGUCGCUGCUCUAUUGCAACAUGUGCGGCAGUCGUUUCGAAAAGUCCUGCCAACUGGAGCUGCAUACGCUGGAGGAGUGUCGCAAAUAUUUGUUGGCCACGCUGCUGCUCAAGUAAAUAGCAGCAAACUAUCAAUAGUAUGGCCCAAGUAGCUAACAAGCUAAUCAAAUUUAAUUUAAGUAAUUUAUAUGCAUGUAAAGCCAGAGCCUAAGCAGCAGCAACUAACGCUAGUGCAGGCAUUAAAGCGCUGACUUUAACUGCAACGUCUUUGCAGUAAACAGCGUCGUAAGCUGUAAAGUAAAAAACAUAUGCUAAAUAUGCAUAAAUUCAAGCUACUUUGCAUUUAUAUGAAUACGAAUAGCGCAACAACAAGUAAAAGUGCAAUACGCCUGACUGCGAUAUACACUUUGAACUGAAUUCAAAUGUAAAUAAAGUUCUUUGUUUGAGAAACGCUUAAACUUUACUUAGAACUCUUUAAAUUUGGCGAUAAGAAUGAAUUCAAAUGUAAACACAGUUAAAAAAGAAUGAGCGACUACUUGGAAAGUCUUUUGAAUUUAUAUGAACACAAAUAGCCUUGAGUUUAAACUGAAGCAUUACCAACUUUGAAAUACAUUUUGCUCAUUACUUCAAUGCAAACAUUGCCUUUUUUUUUGUAUGAAAAGUAACAUCUGGAUUUGUAACACUUAGAAGCGAAACUUUGGAACUCAGCUUAGGUUGCGCUUAGAGAUAAAUUCACGAUUAUAAGACGAAUGUAAAUAAUAUAAAUAUUUUAACCAAGAUAUGUAGCUAGUUAUUC